AUGACUGGCGCAUACACGGAACAAUGUGUAGUUGAAGCACGCAAAAACCCAGAGUUUGUCAUGGGUUUCAUCGCACAACGCUCGCUGAACGAGAAGCCUGGUGACAACUUUAUUACCAUGACCCCUGGCGUGCAGAUUGGAGCCACUGGAGACGGUCUCGGCCAGCAAUACAACACCCCAGAGAAAGUCAUUGGCGAGGCUGGUACCGACAUUAUCAUCGUUGGUCGCGGUGUUUAUGGUGCACAAGACAAGAGGGCAAAGGCCGAGGAAUACAGAAUCAGAGCAUGGAAGGCAUACGAAGAGAGGAUCGCCUCUGCAACAAAAGCCACUAGGUGA